CUAAACAUGGCUGCGACAAGUGGGAGUGUGUUUGCUGGAAUAUCGUCUUCCAGGCUUCCUACAACUCAAGUUGAUGCUGAUGGGAGAGAAGUAGAGGUUGAAACUCGAGAAGAUGAAGAACAGAAUGUUAAACUACAAGAAACCAUCAAUCUCUUAUUGGCUGCAGGAUAUUUUAGAGCGAGGAUUAAAGGCUUAUCUCCCUUUGAUAAGGUUGUUGGUGGUAUGACAUGGUGUAUAACAACUUGUAAUUUUGAUGUAGACGUUGAUUUACUCUUCCAAGAAAAUUCUUCCAUCGGACAAAAAAUUGCUUUAACUGAGAAAAUUGUUGCUGUUUUACCGAAGAUGAAAUGUCCACAGAGAAUUGAGCCUCAUCAAAUUCAAGGUCUAGAUUUUAUACACAUUUUUCCAGUUGUUCAGUGGCUGGUAAAGAGAGCUAUAGAAACACGAGAAGAAAUGGGAGAUUAUAUCCGAGCUUUCUCAGUCUCUCAGUUUAAUAAACACCAUAAAACUCCAGAGGAUGAGUUGUUUUUAGAGGGUAAAGAAAAAUCUAUAGAAGCUGUGCAGACGGCAAAGGAUGCAUACAAACCUCAGAGAAAAUUCCGACGUAACGCCAGUAGUCAGGUGGAAGAUGAAGAAACGCGAGUCCAUUCUACAUUAUUAGAAUAUGGUCGACGCUAUGGUUUCAGCAAGACACCCAAAGACGGCAAGGAGAGCGAUGCGUCUGCUAAGAAGAAAGCUGUAGCUGCUAGUUUAGGCGGGAAAGAGACGGAAACAGAAGAAGACUUACAAGCUGAAGAAGAGAAACGUAUCAAGAUGUUGAUGACUGGAAUGUCUGGUUUACAAGAGGGUAAACUCUCGGCCAGUGCUGUUGGUUCCAUUGUCAGCAUGCAGUCUGCAGAAAUACAACAAAUUGCUUCGGAAUACGCUGAUCGACAAGGUGAAAUUGAAGAUAUUGAAAAAAGUGAGAGAGUUGGAGGAGUACAACAACAUAAACGUAUUACAACAGCUUUACGUAAACAGAUAGAUAAUACAUCUACUAAACUAUCAGAGGUGAUGGCAAAACAUAGUGAGUUAGAGAAAACCUAUCAGGAGACACAAGAGAAGUUGAAAGAGGCCCAAGAAAAGGGUAAAUUAAUAGAUAAUGAGAUGAAGAAACUUGAAGAAAUGGAAACAGAUGAAAAUAAGAGUAUCUUACAGACUUUAAGAUCACUGGUGGCCAUGAAUGAAAAUCUAAAGAAACAGGAACAAGAGUUCAAGAACCAUUGUAAGGAAGAGAUGGGAAGAUUAAAAGAGAAUAUAGAUAAAUUGAAACUAGAAGGAGAUGAUUUAGAUUCAGAAGACAAGGAAAGAGUAGGUUUAAUAGACAAACAAUAUGAAUCUGAUAGAGAAAAACUUCAUAAAAUACGACUUUUAUUGGCACGUAAAAACCGUGAAAUAGCAGGAUUACAACGUAAAAUAGAUGAGAUACCAUCACGAGCUGAACUUAGUCAAUAUCAACGUCGAUUUGUAGAGCUUUAUAAUCAAAUUGCUUCAACACAUAAAGAAACGAAACAGUUUUAUACUCUGUACAAUACUCUAGAUGAUACCAAACUUUAUUUAAAUAAAGAGGUCACGUUGUUAAAUUCCAUACAUGACAAUUUUUCACAAGCGAUGUCCAGUCAACAAAAUAAAGAUCAGUUUUUAAAACAAUUUGAAACAAUAGUGGAGGGAAUAAAACAAAACAAGAAGAAGGUGGAGAAAAGAAAGCAGGAGGAGAAAAUGAAACGAGAUCAACUAAAUGACCAUUAUAUUGAUUUGGUAGAAAAACAGCGACUUUAUUUUAAAACAGUCAAAGAAUUUAAAGAGGAGUGUCGAAAGAAUGAAAUACUGUUGAAUAAAUUACAGAAGUAAACCUACUAAAAACAUGGCAGAUUGACAAAGCCUCUUUCAACUCGCAAAAUUUGAUGUUUGGGCCAUCUCUCAAGUUUGAUAACAUAUAUAUUUAUACUUGUAAGCCAGAAGUAGCAACUAAUGAGUUCUUUACUC